AUGCAAAGUUCGAAAUCGUUUUUGAUACGCGAUCUACUGGGAGACCUCAUCAAUCGCCGACAAACGGAUUCUGAAAUCGAAUUAUCCAACGAUGACUCGGACAUAGACAUUGAGGAUCGAUCGACACCGGAUUCCAGGUCGAAUGGUUGCCAGCAGGAUUUGUUGCUGUCGCAUCACUACAACCACAACGAUGAGUCCAGUGUGGAGUCGUGUGGCACGGCAACGCCAGGACCUGCCACGGGUCAUGGUCAUGGUCAUGGAUCAGGAUCAGGCGCAGGCGCAGGCGCAGGAUUAAGUGCGGCAGCUGCUGCGGCUGGCAUGGCAGCGGGUCUGCUGGCAGCCGCAGUUGCCGCUGACGGCUCGUCGGUUGGAGGUGGUACACCUGGUGGAGCCGGUGGAGCUGGCAACCUGAGCAGUGGCAGCUAUGCGGAGCACAAGUUGCAGCUCAGCAAAAGCGGCAGAAAGCCGAGGCGACGACGCACGGCCUUUACACAUGCUCAGUUGGCCUAUUUGGAGCGCAAGUUUCGUUGCCAAAAAUAUUUAAGUGUCGCCGAUCGCAGCGAUGUGGCCGAAACAUUGAAUCUGUCGGAGACACAGGUCAAAACCUGGUACCAGAAUCGACGCACCAAGUGGAAGCGUCAGAAUCAGCUGCGUUUGGAGCAGCUGCGUCAUCAGGCAACGCUGGAGAAGGACUUUGCGGUGCAGGAGAAUGGCGCUGGCGGCGCUCUCGGCUGUUGCCCCAGCGGUUUGUCCAGCUCGUUUAGUGCCGCCGCCGCCGCUGCCGCAGCGGCAAGCAAUCCGUGCAACUUCCUGACCUCGGCCGCAGCAGCGGCAAUAUUCCGCAACGUUGGCUAUGUGCACGGCUGUCCCAUGUAGAGACAACACACUUGCAACAUGCAUCAUGCAACAUGCGGCAUGCAACAUGCGGCAUGACGUAUUGUCAUCGCUUUCCCUCGCUUGCCUAUGUAAAUAAUAUAUAUAAAUGUUUUUGUGCAAUACACGAAUCUGUGCUUUCAACGAAUUCUCGAUUAAUCGAUAAACGAUUUAUCGAUUAUUUGUAUUAUCGAUAAAUUGAGCUAUCGAUUUAUCGAAAAGUCCUGUUUAACAAACCAAUACCCAUCUCCUGCCUAUCCCCCUAAAAGUCCUCUCUCCGCACGCCAGAUCUAAUCAUAAACAUUAGGCUUAGUCAAAUUAACUGUAAUAUACACGCACACAAACAUACACACACACACACACACACACAAUUACAAUUGUAAACACCAUGCACUAUAUAAAAGUUUUUUUUUGUGAAAAAUAAAAAUUGGAUUGCAUAUUUGAUAAAGUUCGUUAUGAAAA